AUGAAUAAAUUAUACAGAUUUCUCUCCAGCUUUCAUCUACAUUCUAUUCCUCACUAUAUUCUUCUUCUUCUUCUUCUUCUUCUUCUUCUUCUCCUCCUCCUCCUCCUCCUCCUCCUCUUCUUCUUCUUCUUCUUCUUCUUCUUCUUCUUCUUCUUCUUCUUUAUACUAAAAUACCAGCAAUACAAGUUUGUCUGUUUGUUCAUUUUGCCACUGAAAACCGUUUGCUUGCGAUCAUUGCGAUUAGUGAUGUCGGCGUCGGCGUGUCAACGAAAAACUCUGAUCAUUUCUGAACAGUUGGAGCUCAUCGACGAUGUCAAAGUGAAGAAACUCAAACUGGCCGCUGCAGCCAAAAAGUACGGAAUCGGUUAUUCAACAGCAGCAAAAAUUCUCAUGAAAGAAGACGAUCUCAGAUCUUGCAUGCAAAUGAAUGGAAACACUAAUCGCAAACGAAAGCGCCAAUCCGUGCACAAGGACGUUAACGAAGCGCUUACACAAUGGUUUACGCAAGCAUGUGCUCAUGGAGCUACCGUCACCGAUCACGUCAUCAGGCAGAGAGCAUCACAACUGGCCGUAAAUCUUGAUUUUGAACCGAGCAAUGGCUGGCUCAUGCGCUGGAAGCAGGCCAAUAACGUUUCGUUCAAAAAAUUUCACGGCGAAUCAACGUCAGCAGAUCACGGUUCUGCCAACGAAUGGGUGACAAACGUUUUGCCGCAACUUUUUCGUGGUUAUGAUCCAAAAGAUGUUUGGAACUGUGAUGAAACGGGAAUUUUCUACAAAGCCAUGCCAUCUGGAUCUUUGCGAUUUGCCGGCGACAAACAGCCAAAUGGGACAAAAGUUCCCAAAGACAGACUCACGAUGUUUCAGUUCACAAACAUGGACGGCAGUGAAAAGCAAGCUGUAGUUGUUGGUAAUCGGCUUAAACUUCAACUCCGCCCCACGGAAAUCGAACAACACCGCUUGCUCUUCCUUGAAAAUAUUUUACUCCCUCUGUCUUUCUCUCGGAAAUCGAACAACACCACUUGCUCUUCCAUGAAAAUAUUUUACUCCCUCUGUCUUUCUUUCGGAAAUCGAACAACACCGCUUGCUCUUCCUUGA